GUUUCCGGGUAGGUGUGUUCUGUAUACACACCGGGUGAAUUGUGCUCUGGGAGAAGCCAGUUCCGGGAGAUAUCUAAUAUAUGUUUUGUUUUUUGAAACGCUGAUGGCUUCCUCCGUUGGGGAUGUCGCUUUGCGGCCUCUUCAGAGAGCCAUGAAGCUGGCGAACCGAGCAAUUCAACUGGACACUGGGAACGUGCAGCGGGAAGCCUAUGUGGAGUACAUAAGAAGUGUAAAUUAUAUUUCCCAGUGUCUUCUGGAAGAGGCCGAACAGAAUGCUGGCAGUGGCUCACUGAGUUUAGAUUGCCAAAAGAUGCUAAAGCUGGCAGAACAGUGUCUGGAGAGGGCAUGCACCACAGCAGAAAGGUUGGGCCAAGCUGGAGUGCAUUGCCCACUGACUCUCCGUACAGAUGUCCAUCAUCUUUCUUUCCCUCACGCUUCCAGUGCUGCCAGUGCUACCUCUAGAUUGUCUUCUCUCUCCUCCAUCUCUCCUUCUUCGAGUCACCGCAGGACCUGCUCUGAUGAGACGCAGAAGCUAAGCUCUUUUCCACCACCAGAGAUUUUCCAAAUGCUGCUGGCAGCUGAAGUUCAAAGAGGCAAAAAAGAGCUAACUCCCCUGGAAGAGGCUUCCAUCCAAAAUCAGAAGCUAAAGGCUGCAUAUGAGGUCCGACUCGCCAGACUGAACCCCAGACAAGCAGCAGCGAAAACUUCACUGACUCUAUCCCUUCAACGACAAAUGAUGGAAAAUUUGGUGAUUGCUAAAGCCAGAGAAGAGACUCUUCAGAGGAAAGCAGAGGAACGCAGACAGAGGCUAAAAGAAGAAUCUAACAGACGUUUCUCUCUAAACACAGACAUGACUCCAGAGAUGGAGGAGCAAAGGGUCCUGUACACAGCUGUCCUGGAGUAUGAACAGGAUCAUGAAUGGCCAAAGCGUUUUAAGCAGAAAAUAAAGGGGAACCCUGCUGACACUGACCUUGUUUCUAGCUUCAUGUGUCAAGUUCUCAGUACCCCUGACCAUCCUGUUUCCAAACUGCUGACAAAUCUUCAGUGCCAAAUAUACAGUCGGGUAUAUCCAGUUAUUAUUAAGGACCCUAUGGAGCAUAAUCAUGGUACAUCAGAUGUUUUCCACCAGUCACUGCCCACUGAUGCUCUUCCCUCUCCUGCCUCCAACUCUCAGCACUUAAAAUCAUCACAGAGUUUACAGUGUCUCCCCAGUCUUUUACAGCCCUCAGUCAAGCACAGCCUUUCCACUGGAGAAGGGUUUGAACAUUUGGAAGCCACAAACGACAAGCUUAUUGAUAAAGGACCAUGUGACAAAGAGAGGGAGAAUUCAUUUGAAGACUUGGAACACUGUCUUUCACCAACAGAAUACUCUAUAGGCAAUGCCAGUCUAACAGCAUCUGCUCUUCUUAAGGCUGUUGUGAAGGAGAUUCAUAAUGCUAAAGACCUGCUGCUGUCUGCCUCUCUACUGGAUCUUCCACCUAACACUAUUUUUAAGGAUGUCUGUGUGGAGUGCAUAGAUGAGAGUUUUUUCCCUCCAAUAUGGCCUGCUCUGCUUGCUCUGUACAGGCACGUGCUUCUUGCCCGAGAAGAAUCUCUGCUUCAAGCCAUGAAGUCAUAUAGAGAUAAUGCUCAGUCUGUGGUUGGUGUCCCACAAAAGCUUUUUCCUGAAGAAGUGGAACAACCAUAUAAGGCAGCUGUGGAAGAAAUUGGCCAUCUUCCUUUGCACCACACACCUCAAAGGAAGAUGGAGUGUAUUGUGAGAACAAUGCGUGUAAUCUGUGAAUGUGCUGAGGAGUAUUGUACCACACCUGGCACCUCUGCCAUAGGUGCAGAUGACCUGUUACCCAUAUUGGCAUUUGUAGUCUUGAAAACACAAAUGCCACAGCUGCUGUCAGAGUGUGCAGCGCUGGAGGAGUUCAUACAUGAGGGGUAUCUCAUUGGAGAGGACGGAUACUGCCUGACCUCACUACUGAGUGCUCUCUCUUAUGUGGAGUCCCUACCCUUACUUUCAGCUCCCAGUACCUAACUGGCCGCAAGGGACCUCAGGACACUAAAAACUUGCUAUAGCCUGCUGACUGCAUUUACUUGGCUGCCUGGUGAAAGUUUAACACAUGCUGUGUAUGUAGAGACAUUUAUACCUUUGCAAUGUAUCUAAAUUAUCUAUUUAUUGAGCUUUUUUUUUUUUUUACACUGCCAGUUCACAGGGAGGCUGAACAAUGUCAUUAUUGCAUUACCCUUUACAAACUUACAGUAAAACAACAUUGUAAACACAACAUUGCUUUCAUGAUUCAAUAAAAAAAGUUUUAUCUGUCAUCCAAAAUAAAAAUAUGAAUGUAUUUUAAAA